UAUAAGUUCUGGACGAAAAUUAAUUAUUUUAUAUUUAAGAGACUAAAUAUUACCAUAUAAUAUGGAUAUGCUCUCAGAAUAGAUUGUUUAUUUUUUAGUAAAUCGAAAACCUAUCCGUACUCGUUUAGCAAUGGCAGCAAUGGACAAAAUUGAUAGCGAUAUAUUAAAAGUUAUAAAUUCUUUGGAAUGUUCUAAAAAACAAUGCCUCCAUUGUAAAGAUGGUAUUGCAGCCAUAACAAGUACUAUUCGAAAUACUCUGUUGGAAAUUAAUGACAUUCAGGAGCGAAAUCAGGAACGUCGCCAUGGAGAGCUUGUGGCAUUGUUUGAAAAGUAUUUCAAAAAUGAUCAGAUUAAAACUUUUGGAACAUCUGCGAAUGUAAGUUUAGAAGAUUCAGAAGGUUCUUCCAAUUCGUUGAACAGCGAACAUUUCGUUAAGGAUGUAAAACAGCUACAAUUUGACGUGCAAGCUGAAAAAAUUGCUGUUUCGAAGACACAGAAAAAUAAACAAUCUGUGAAUGUACGAAAGCGUCGUGUAAGUUUAACAGAAAACAUUACGCAAGCAACACCAUCGAAAAAUUUCACGGGGGAAACCAACAAUUUAAAAGGGGAUCCCAUAUCAUGUACUAGUCCAACAGAAAGGGUAAAUGUGAAAGCAAAUCAAAGAGAUGAACUUAUUGCAAUGCGUGAAAAAAUGCUUGCCAUUCAGCGACGAAAAAUGGAGGAUCGGGAACGUAGGAAACGUGAGAGUAGUGCAAUGUAGAAUAUUAAAAUAAUGUUAUAUUUUCUAAUUUUCUUAAAUAUUUAUAAUAAAAGUACAACUGUAUUAUUUCGCUCAA